AUGGUCGAAAAUCUCGUACUGUUAACCGGGGCCACCGGCAUGAUUGGCUUCAAAACCCUCGCCGAGCUCCUCGAAAACGGGUACACCGUCCGCGCGGCCGUCCGCAACCAGGCCGGCUUCGACAGGAUCUCCUCCCUGCCCUCUGUGCAAAAGUACAAGCCACAACUUACCAGCUUCAUUGUCCCUGACAUUACCGUCCCCGGGGCCUACGACGAAGCCGUCAAGGGAGUGAAAUACAUUGUGCACAUUGCGUCUCCACUAGCAGGCAACAAUGGACCAGACUAUGAGAAUUCUCUCAUCCGGCCUGCCAUCCAAGGCACAGUGGGAAUACUCGAGUCUGCUCUCAAAACCACGGGGAUUCAACGGGUGGUCAUCACAGCCAGUGUGGCAUCGAUUGCGAGCAGUGCGCGAAUUGCAACCGGCAAGGUCGUUGACGGUAGGUCCAUCAUCCCCUGGACAUCCGGCAAUGCCAGAAGAGCCUUCCCUCACGCUGACAACCCGCAGAAAACACUCUUGCAGUCGAGACGAAACCUCCAUUUGCAGACGACUUUGCGGCCUACGCUGCCUCCAAGGCCCUCGCGUACCAAGCUACCAAGGACUUUGUCGCCGCUAGCAAGCCGCCCCUAUGAUGUGAUUAACAUUAUGCCGGUGUUCGUCUUUGGCCGCGACGAAACCGUCACCGAAGCAAGCUCAAUCGCCAAGGGGACCAAUGGCAUCCUCAUGGGCCCCAUUCUAGGCCAUGCGCGGGACUACCCCUUCGGUGUUGCUGGCGUGCACGUCGACGACGUCGCCAAGAUGCAUGUCCUCGCGCUGGAUCCCAAAGUCGCCGGAAACCAGGAUUUCCUGGCUGCCUCGGCGGAGCCUGGAAGCGUCGACUGGGCAGAGUCGUUUGAGAUUGUCAAGAGACGAUACCCUGAGGAGUACGCGGAUGGCGUGUUCAAGUUUGACAGCAUUGCGAAGCCGGCUACCACGGUGGCCAGGGUGGACAGUACAAAGGCCACAAGAGUUCUGGGGGUUCAGUUCAAGCCGUUUGAGGAGCAGGUUGUUUCUGUUGUGGAUCACUUUUUGGAGCUUAUUGGCAGAACGUCAUGGUUGCUGGCAUUACGUGCCAUUGGUUGGGGCGGCUUUACGCCGGUGAAGAACGUUUGUGUUGCUCAGACUCACGCGACUGGAAUAUGA